UCAAGGACCGUCCUACUCCAACAACAACUACUACAACAACCACGACCAGCAGCACUACAACUCCUCAGCUAUCAACAACUCCAGGUUACUGUUUAGAGAGUAUGGAUGGUGAAGAAGGCCUUCAGAAAGGUUUUACACCUACCUCAGAUCUAAUUACUUUACAAGUAGAAAAUGGAACAACUUACAUCAAGUUCGAAAGCUUGCCUUUGGAGGUGGGAGACAACAACCUGCCCAGUGUUGAUGGCAUUUUAACAAGAUCUGCCUCUAUCAGAGCAAUCAGUAUUAGACUUGUUCCAUCAUCAUCUUCCUCGACACCAUCUCCGACUGGAAAUGAGGAACUUGUGUCUGUGACUAUAAAUUUCUUCACCAAGAAGGAGAGAAACGAUGACUUUAAGCCCCUGUUGCUGGAAGACAACCAAGAACCCAAGGUGAUCACAUUCACACCAGUCAGUGAUCAACCCUUGCAGAAGUUCCUUAAAAUUGGAAAUGAAGUCAUUGAAGGGGUUGUGGCAUUCCGUGUGACUGUCCUAGAGGUCACUGGUGUUUCGUCUGCAACUUUGGAACUACAUGUAUUGGGCUGUGCAGAAGAAUUCACCACAACCCAGGUAACAACUACAGCAGUCUCUGUGACAACACCAACAACGACAACCGAAGAAUCAACAAGCACUGUGGCAGUUACAACACCAACUCAGACAACCACAGAACGAACAACAACCUCAACAACAUCUCUGGUUUCAACCACAGAGGGGUACUGUCUUCAAAAUAUGGAUAGCGAGAGCGGUGUAGAGACAAAGGACCAGACAAGAGGAAAUCUCUUGACAGAUGAGUCAGGCUUUCUCACAUUUUACGAGUUACCAAUUGAACAGUCUGUUGGCAACAGUGCUGUUCUGGAGAGAAAGUUCAAUAGCAAUAUCAAUGUUCGUGGAGUUCUUAUCACUUUGAAGAAAAUCACAUCAAGUGUUACUUCUGGACAAGCAGAAGGAAUGACCACACCAAAGACAGGAUCAACGUCACCGCAGUCAGUCAAAUUCACUUUCACAUUACUUGCAAAGAGAGUAGACGAGACAGAUUUCAAGCAAGUGGUGAUCAAAAAUACAAUCACGGAGUUUACCUUGACUAUUGAGGGUAUUCAAUCGGAAGUGAAGGUAUUUACAGAGGACGAACCAUCACUACAAGGUAUAACGGAACUUCAGAUCAAGUUCAUUGAUGUCUCAGGUGUCAGCGGAGCAAGUUUUGAGUUAACUGUCUUGGGAUGUGCUGAAGAAGUCUCAACAACUACGCAAACUACAACUAGCAGUACUGUUAGCACCACAACUCCUCAGCUAUCAACAACUCCAGGUUACUGUUUGGAGAAUAUGGAUGGUGAAGAAGGCCUUCAGGAAGGUUUUACACCUACCUCAGAUCUAAUUACUUUACAAGUAGAAAAUGGAACAACUUACAUCAAGUUCGAAAGCUUGCCUUUGGAGGUGGGAGACAACAACCUGCCCAGUGUUGAUGGCAUUUUAACAAGAUCUGCCUCUAUCAGAGCAAUCAGUAUUAGACUUGUUCCAUCAUCAUCUUCCUCGACACCAUCUCCGACUGGAAAUGAGGAACUUGUGUCUGUGACUAUAAAUUUCUUCACCAAGAAGGAGAGAAACGAUGACUUUAAGCCCCUGUUGCUGGAAGACAACCAAGAACCCAAGGUGAUCACAUUCACACCAGUCAGUGAUCAACCCUUGCAGAAGUUCCUUAAAAUUGGAAAUGAAGUCAUUGAAGGGGUUGUGGCAUUCCGUGUGACUGUCCUAGAGGUCACUGGUGUUUCGUCUGCAACUUUAGAACUACAUGUAUUGGGCUGUGCAGAAGAAUUCACCACAACCCAGGUAACAACUACAGCAGUCUCUGUGACAACACCAACAACGACAACCGAAGAAUCAACAAGCACUGUGGCAGUUACAACACCAACUCAGACAACCACAGAACGAACAACAACCUCAACAACAUCUCUGGUUUCAACCACAGAGGGGUACUGUCUUCAAAAUAUGGAUAGCGAGAGCGGUGUAGAGACAAAGGACCAGACAAGAGGAAAUCUCUUGACAGAUGAGUCAGGCUUUCUCACAUUUUCAGAGUUACCAAUUGAACAGUCUGUUGGCAACAGUGCUGUUCUGGAGAGAAAGUUCAAUAGCAAUAUCAAUGUUCGUGGAGUUCUAAUCACUUUGAAGAAAAUCACAUCAAGUGUUACUUCUGGACAAGCAGAAGGAAUGACCACACCAGAGACAGGAUCAACGUCACCGCAGUCAGUCAAAUUCACUUUCACAUUACUUGCAAAGAGAGUAGACGAGACAGAUUUCAAGCAAGUGGUGAUCAAAAAUACAAUCACGGAGUUUACCUUGACUAUUGAGGGUAUUCAAUCGGAAGUGAAGGUAUUUACAGAGGACGAACCAUCACUACAAGGUAUAACGGAACUUCAGAUCAAGUUCAUUGAUGUCUCAGGUGUCAGCGGAGCAAGUUUUGAGUUAACUGUCUUGGGAUGUGCUGAAGAAGUCUCAACAACUACGCAAACUACAACUAGCAGUACUGUUAGCACCACAACUCCUCAGCUAUCAACAACUCCAGGUUACUGUUUGGAGAAUAUGGAUGGUGAAGAAGGCCUUCAGGAAGGUUUUACACCUACCUCAGAUCUAAUUACUUUACAAGUAGAAAAUGGAACAACUUACAUCAAGUUCGAAAGCUUGCCUUUGGAGGUGGGAGACAACAACCUGCCCAGUGUUGAUGGCAUUUUAACAAGAUCUGCCUCUAUCAGAGCAAUCAGUAUUAGACUUGUUCCAUCAUCAUCUUCCUCGACACCAUCUCCGACUGGAAAUGAGGAACUUGUGUCUGUGACUAUAAAUUUCUUCACCAAGAAGGAGAGAAACGAUGACUUUAAGCCCCUGUUGCUGGAAGACAACCAAGAACCCAAGGUGAUCACAUUCACACCAGUCAGUGAUCAACCCUUGCAGAAGUUCCUUAAAAUUGGAAAUGAAGUCAUUGAAGGGGUUGUGGCAUUCCGUGUGACUGUCCUAGAGGUCACUGGUGUUUCGUCUGCAACUUUAGAACUACAUGUAUUGGGCUGUGCAGAAGAAUUCACCACAACCCAGGUAACAACUACAGCAGUCUCUGUGACAACACCAACAACGACAACCGAAGAAUCAACAAGCACUGUGGCAGUUACAACACCAACUCAGACAACCACAGAACGAACAACAACCUCAACAACAUCUCUGGUUUCAACCACAGAGGGGUACUGUCUUCAAAAUAUGGAUAGCGAGAGCGGUGUAGAGACAAAGGACCAGACAAGAGGAAAUCUCUUGACAGAUGAGUCAGGCUUUCUCACAUUUUCAGAGUUACCAAUUGAACAGUCUGUUGGCAACAGUGCUGUUCUGGAGAGAAAGUUCAAUAGCAAUAUCAAUGUUCGUGGAGUUCUAAUCACUUUGAAGAAAAUCACAUCAAGUGUUACUUCUGGACAAGCAGAAGGAAUGACCACACCAGAGACAGGAUCAACGUCACCGCAGUCAGUCAAAUUCACUUUCACAUUACUUGCAAAGAGAGUAGACGAGACAGAUUUCAAGCAAGUGGUGAUCAAAAAUACAAUCACGGAGUUUACCUUGACUAUUGAGGGUAUUCAAUCGGAAGUGAAGGUAUUUACAGAGGACGAACCAUCACUACAAGGUAUAACGGAACUUCAGAUCAAGUUCAUUGAUGUCUCAGGUGUCAGCGGAGCAAGUUUUGAGUUAACUGUCUUGGGAUGUGCUGAAGAAGUCUCAACAACUACGCAAACUACAACUAGCAGUACUGUUAGCACCACAACUCCUCAGCUAUCAACAACUCCAGGUUACUGUUUGGAGAAUAUGGAUGGUGAAGAAGGCCUUCAGGAAGGUUUUACACCUACCUCAGAUCUAAUUACUUUACAAGUAGAAAAUGGAACAACUUACAUCAAGUUUGACAGCUUGCCUUUAGAAGAGGGAGACAACAACCUGCCCAGUGUUGAUGGCAUUUUAACAAGAUCUGCCUCUAUCAGAGCAAUCAGUAUUAGGCUUGUUCCAUCAUCAUCUUCCUCGACACCAUCUCCGACUGGAAAUGAGGAACUUGUGUCUGUGACUAUAAAUUUCUUCACCAAGAAGGAGACUGAUGAUGACUUUAAGCCUUUGUUGCUGGAAGAAUCCAAGGUGAUCACAUUCACACCAGUCAGUGAUCAACCCUUACAGAAGUUCCUAAAACCUGGAAAGGACACCAUUGAAGGGGUUAUGGCAUUCCGUGUGACUGUCCUAGAGGUCACUGGUGUUUCGUCUGCAACUUUGGAACUACAUGUAUUGGGCUGUGCAGAAGUGACAACAAUGAUUCCAUCCAGUGAGAAUCCAACAACUGAAACAACAAUCCCUGAGGUUACGACAACAACGCCAGAAGUGUGUGUUGAAGAAGUAGCGCUAAUUGAGAAUCUAGUAGUUGUAAUGGAGACAUCAAGUGGGGAUACCCUAUCUAAAGGCACUUGGGAUAUUGGUGACCUACCGCAAACCAUUCCCACGUUAGUCAGUGACAUUGAAGGCUUGCCAUCUCUCAAAGUGAAAUUCUCUUCACCUGUAAAAUUAACGUACUUGAUUAUAAAUGGUCAAAUGGAGUCAGGAUCAACCCUUGAGUUUGCCAUCAAGACGAAGUACUACCCUGGAUCUAACUCCAUCCUCUUAUCAGAUGGAGAAAAUGUUCGCACUUUCAUCAUAGAACUGAAUGGUCGCCUUAACCUUCCUCUUGAACGAGAAGUGGAGGAGGUGGAAUUAGUUCCACUAAGAUAUAACAAGAGUACCGACACACUACCACCAGUCAAGGUUGCGUUUCUGGGAUGUGCUGAAAUAGUGUCAACUACCGUCACUGCAACAACAAUGACUACACCAACAUCGACGGAAGAAACAAUAUCGAUAACAACUACUACCACAAAGCCUGCAGAAACAACAACUAAGCAAACAACCAUUACUCAGGCAAUGAGUUCAACAGCCUUCAUUGCAAACAACACUUGCAACAACAGCAAGACCAACUACAACAUUGCCAACGACACUUUCAACCACAACUGCAAGACCAACUACAACAAUGCCAACAACACUUGCAACCACAACUGCAAGACCAACUACAACAUUGCCAACAACACUUGCAACCACAACUGUAAGACCAACUACAACGUUGCCAACAACACUUGCAACCACAACUGCAAGACCAACAACAAUGUUGCCAACAACACUUGCAACCACAACUACAAGACCAACUACAACGUUGCCAACAACACUUGCAACCACAACUGCAAGACCAACUACAACGUUGCCAACAACACUUGCAACCACAACUGCAAGACCAACUACAACGUUGCCAACAACACUUGCAACCACAACUACAAGACCAACUACAACGUUGCCAACAACACUUGCAACCACAACUGCAAGACCAACAACAAUGUUGCCAACCACACUUGCAACCACAACUGCAAGACCAACUACAACGUUGCCAACAACACUUGCAACCACAACUGCAAGACCAACUACAACGUUGCCAACAACACUUGCAACCACAACUGCAAGACCAACUACAACAUUGCCAACAACACUUGCAACCACAACUGCAAGACCAACUACAACAUUGCCAACAACACUUGCAACCACAACUGCAAGACCAACAACAAUGUUGCCAACCACAACUGCAAGACCAACUACAACAUUGCCAACAACACUUGCAACCACAACUGCAAGACCAACUACAACGUUGCCAACAACACUUGCAACCACAACUGCAAGACCAACUACAAUGUUGCCAACAACACUUGCAACCACAACUGUAAGACCAACAACAACGUUGCCAACCACAACUGCAAGACCAACAACAAUGUUGCCAACAACACUUGCAACCACAACUGCAAGACCAACUACAACGUUGCCAACAACACGUGCUGCCACAACUGCAAGACCAACUACAACAUUGCCAACAACACAUGCAGCCACAACUGCAAGACCAACUACAACGUUGCCAACAACACUUGCAACCACAACUGCAAGACCAACUACAACAUUGCCAACAACACUUGCAACCACAACUGCAAGACCAACUACAACAUUGCCAACAACACUUGCAACCACAACUGCAAGACCAACUACAACGUUGCCAACAACACUUGCAGCCACAACUACAAGACCAACUACAACGUUGCCAACAACACUUGCAACCACAACUGCAAGACCAACUACAACGUUGCCAACAACACGUGCAGCCACAACUGUAGGACCAACUACAACGUUGCCAACAACACUUGCAACCACAACUGUAGGACCAACUACAACAUUGCCAACAACACGUGCAGCCACAACUACAAGACCAACUACAGCAUUGCCAACAACACGUGCAGCCACAACUGCAAGACCAACUACAACGUUGCCAACAACACUUGCAACCACAACUGCAAGACCAACUACAACAUUGCCAACAACACAUGCAACCACAACUGCAAGACCAACUACAACGUUGCCAACAACACUUGCAACCACAACUGCAAGACCAACUACAACAUUGCCAACAACACUUGCAACAACUUCAGGUCAGUAGAGCUUUAA